ACUGCGCAGGCACCAGGCUCGGAGACCGGAAGCGGAAGGCCUGUCGCGUCGAGUCGACACCUCAGUGAGUAGUAGCCAUGCGCGUCUUGGAGGAGCCGGGGCCUCAGCCCACAGCGACCCCGUGCGGGUGCGUGAAGCCGGCUCUGGAAACAGGGAAUCUUUUAACUGAACCAAUUGGCUACUUGGAAUCCUGUUUCUCAGCCAAGAAUGGUACUCCAAGGCAGCCAUCUAUUUGUACCCAUUCGAGGGCUUGUUUGAGAAUUAGAAAGAGCAUCUUUAAUAAUCCUGAACAUUCCUUGAUGGGCUUAGAACAGUUUUCUCAUGUUUGGAUUUUGUUUGUCUUUCACAAAAAUGGUCAUUUGAGCUGUAAGGCAAAAGUGCAGCCUCCUAGGCUGAAUGGUGCAAAGACUGGAGUUUUCUCCACAAGGAGCCCACAUCGUCCCAAUGCAAUAGGACUGACUCUGGCCAAGCUGGAAAAGAUAGAAGGUGGAGCUAUAUAUCUUUCUGGAAUUGACAUGAUUCAUGGCACACCUGUCCUAGACAUAAAGCCCUACAUAGCUGAGUAUGACUCGCCACAAAAUUUGAUUGAGCCCCUACAGGACCUUAAUUUACAGAAUAACCAAUAUAAACCGCAAAAUACAUCCCGGUCUAAUGGCAAGACUGACAGCUGUGACCAGCGACAGCUCUCAAGGUGUGAUAAACCACAAGCUUGUAGUCACACUAAGGAGAAACCUAAAUGUCCUGAAGACAAAACUUCAGGAGAGAACUAUAUGAAACAUGAUAACUCAGCAAAAAUCCAGCAAAACUCCCCUCAGCACAGGGACAUAGCAGCAGAUUUGGGUUUAGAAUCAAGACGUGAUCAGAGUCUGAAUGUGGCAGAAGAACAAAUUGGCUCAUAUUGCCUUGAGAAGAGCUUUUCAGAGGAAGGUACAGAAAAGAGGCUAAAGAGAGGGAAAGAAGCAGUGAUCACACAAGGAAAUAGUGCAGAGAUGCCACCCGUGGCUCCCCCCUGCCCUUCCAGCAUGGCCGGUGCAGCCCGCCGCAGCGUGGUCCCACCCUGGGUGAGAGAGGCCCCUGUGGCCACCUUGGAAGUCCGCUUCACCCCUCAUGCAGAGAUGGACCUUGAGCGCCUCAGUUCAGAAAGUGGACCAGAUGGCAGUCAGCCUUCAUUUAAAUAUUUUCAAUCAGCAGAGGAAGCAAGGCAUGCCAUUGAGGCUGUGUUGUCAGCUGACCCUCGGUCUGUAUAUCGACGGAAGCUCUGCCAGGACCGCCUUUUCUACUUUACUGUAGACAUAGCGCACAUCACUUGCUGGUUUGGCGAUGGCUUUGCAGAGGUUCUAAGGAUCAAGCCGGCUUCGGAGCCUGUUCAGAUGACUGACCCUGAGGAGUCCUUGGUGUCUCUGGGAUCAAAACUUCAGAUGCAGAUGGCUUCACUGGGGAAUUCUAUCAAGAACUGUUCUUCUAGGAAGAAAAAAAAAAAUUCUGAACAAACUCUUUGAAAAUAUGAAAAGGAAUACUUUUCAACUCAUUCUGUGAUCCCAAAAUUACCUUGAUACCUAAACCAAACAAAACUAUUACAAGAAAGAAAACUGCAGACCAAUAUCUCUUGUGUGAGUAUAGUUGCAAAAGUUUUAAACAGAAUUUUAGGAAAUGUAAUCCAACAAUAUAUUAAGGGAUA